AAAGAUUUACCUAACCAAAAAAAAAAGAUACGUAUAUUUUGUAAACAAUUUUUGUGUUUUAAACAUACAACAUAGUUUUAAAGUAACAUAAAAAAUGACUGUGUUAAAUUGUGAUCUUGACCCCAAUGAUGAUCUCUUCCGGGCAUUUCAAACCAUGUUGGAUGUAUUUUCCUCCACCAAAAAGGCAUUAAUUGAUGUUCAACGUGAACGUGACGCACUUUUAGUUUCACUAAAAUCAUUUGAAACCGAGCGCCUUUCAGAUGACAUAUUGGAUUCGGAAAUGAGCGAAAAUCGACGCAAACGAUUAAAAACUGAGCUUGAUAAAACUCACGAAUCGGCGACAAAUGACACGAUGAAAGAAGACCUAAAUGCAGCUUUUAGCUCUUCUAUGUUUGAAGAUGAGGUCAUCGAACCAACACAAAUCCCAAUAAAUGAAUCGAUUCUAAUGCUACACAAGGAAUACAACAAGGAGAACAAUUAUGACGAUGUGAUCAUUAAAACCGAACCAAAUUCAAUGGUUGAAUGUAGCCCAACAGUGAUAAAAAGCCAUGCAAAAAAACCGUCCAAGGAAAUGAACAAAAAAGAACAAAAAUCACAUUUUCCCAGUAAUGAUCCCAACGAAAACUCACUUGUUCAUCAAACGAAAACUAUGUCGAUAUUGACCGAAUCGCCCAAAUGGCAAAAGAAAAUGCCGGUGAAAAAUACCAUAACGCCACGUCGUCUAUUUGACAGUAAAACAACCGAUACAAGUGGCACCCGAAAAAAGUUAUCACUUAAAACCAAUUUGAAGCAAUCCACAAUCAAUUUUCCCAAGUGUGAUGAUGAAACGUACUGUGAAGGUUUUACAAUGCAACUUGAAAGAAGCCAGUCAACAAUCACGGCACCAAAAAAAAAUCUAGCUUUAAGCCGAAGAACGAAUUCGGAUCCGGUCAAAAAGUCAUCGAUCGCCGAUGACAGUGUGGUUGCAGUGGCAAAAGAUCCAACAGAGGUUAUUUCAAUUGAUGAAAGUGAACCAACUCAAGAACUGUAUCAACAUGUGUUCGACGAUAAAAAAGAUGCUACAGCCAUCGCUAAAAAGCCACAACCGUUGAAAAAUGACCCGAUCGAUUGUGAAGAUUGUAAUCAGUAUCACCGGAUGAUGGGACGUAAUAUGGAAAAGAAUCCACCGAAGAAAUAUGGCGUUUGUUCAAAACAUUAUAGAAAUGCACCGCAGUUUGAAACGCCACCAGGAUUUUGGAAUCCAAAAAUAAUCGAUUCUGACGAUGAGGAGGAAACGCCUUUCGAUCCGCGUUUUAUAAGAAAAUAAAAGUGCUCGAAACAAUUAAGUAUAUUUUAAAAUUGAGUCGCUCACUCUUUCACACAUUUCUCGACUUACUCACUCACGACUCUCAUUGUUUUAAACAACAAAAAAAUAUUCACGCUGAAUAGAUGUGUUCUGAUAUUUGAAAAUACACGAAUUUGCCAUUUUUCAAAAUCAAACGAAAGAGAAAUAAGAUUUUUGUUGAAAACGAAUUGCUUUUUUUUAAAUAUUUAAUUGAAUAAAAAAUUGAAUAAUGUACAGAUCUAUGUUUUAUCUCAAAUGUCAAUGUUCUAAAUCAACUCUAGUGUUCACUAUAGAUCAUUCUAUGAUCAUGGCAUAUCCCUUUAACCCAUUAACUUCCGAAUUAGGCGUUAAAAAACAUUUGUGAACGGGACGUAGUGUUUUUUUUUUUUGACAAAUAAGUAUUAAGUAUUAAAUAACCUGGAAGUUGAUGGGCUAGGCAGUUAUAGCGCAAUUUUUUCAAUUCGGAAGAAAACGAAAAUUAAA